UUAAGACCAAAAAGCACAUUUUUGUUUUCAUGAAUUGUUACGAUAUUGCCAAUUUUGACUUUGGGGUUGUGGCAACUCGUGGGAAAACCUGCCCACACACUAAACUACGGCGUUUGAUUGGCGCGAUAACUAGCUUUUUUUUUUUUUUUUUUUUUUUUACAAUUCUCAAUCUCAUGAACAAGUCACAGGCAAAUUGGGAAGGCUUUACGUUUUCGCUGUCACCUGUGUAUUUCAACGGUUUAACGCAAAUACAACUAUAACGCUAGGCGUUGUAAAGACUGAUUGCACAACUGAGAUUGGCACCAUGUCUGAUUUGGUGGAUGCCAAAUGCAUAACUGCACAAUGGCCAGGGAGUCCCUCACUGCCAAGGUUUACUAUAGAGAAUCAGAAAGUAGAUGCUAGGCCUCCAGCUGACAUGUACACAUAUAAAAUGAACUACCCCAGCCUUGGACAAUGUGUCAUCAUCAACAACAAGAACUUUGACAGGAGAACAGGAAUGAGUUCUCGCAAGGGAACAGAUGUGGAUGCUGGCUAUGCAAGGAAAGUGUUUGAACGUUUGGGGUACAACGUGAAAGUUGCCAAUGACCAGACAGUGCAGCAGAUCCAACAGCUGCUUUACACUGUGUCUCAAGACAACCACAGCCAGUCAGCCUCCUUUGUGUGUGUGAUGCUGAGCCAUGGAGGAGAGGGUGUGUUCUAUGGCACAGAUGGAAAUGUGGAGCUCCAGAAGCUCACCGGACUCUUCAGGGGCGACCGCUGCAAAACGCUGGUGGGAAAGCCCAAACUCUUCUUCAUCCAGGCGUGCCGUGGCUCUGAUCUGGACUGUGGAAUAGAGACAGACAGUGCUGCUGGUGGAAUAGAGACAGACAGCGUUGCUGGUAACUAUCCAGAGAGGAUUCCAGUGGAGGCAGACUUUCUCUAUGCUUACUCUACAGCCCCAGGCUACUACUCCUGGAGGAACACCGACAAGGGCUCCUGGUUCAUCCAGGCCCUCUGUGAGAUGUUACAAAGGUACGGCAAACAGCUGGACAUUAUGCAGAUCAUGACACGUGUUAACCACAAGGUGGCACAUGACUUCGAGGCUUCCGCCAACAAGCAGAUCCCUUGCAUUGUGUCUAUGUUGACCAAACAUCUCUACUUUCCACAGUGAUUGUAUAUCCUGUGGGACCAUUUUACAUAUUUGCACAGUGUCUGCUGGGGUUCUAAAGACCAUUAAAUAAUACAGAGGGAUUCUCUGCACUGGACCAAAUACCACUGUGGAUAAUCACUUAUUCAAAUACUUCUGUUUGGGGAAAGUCUAAAAGCGAAAAGUUAUUAAAUGUUUACCCUUGAGGCCUAAAGGGCAUUAUGUUGGACCAAAGAGAAUUGAGUAUUGACUACGCAAUAGCAGUACUUGCUAUUGAUAUGUAGUUCAUUAAUUUGGAAUGGAAUUAAAAUGCUCUGAAUUGUAGGGUAGAUACAUGUUCAGAUAACAUGGAAUGAAAGUCACUCCGGCUUUAAUAGUAUUGUAAAGUUGUGUUCUGUCUCUCUAUAUAAAUAAUCUGUCACCCGUGAGGUGUUUUUUCAUCAUUUGCACAUUCAAAUAGGGUACUACAUGAAUAAAGGAGAUUUUAUCCUUGGUAAAUUGUGUUCCCAAGAAAGAACAUUUAUGUAAAUGGGAUUUCAAGAAAAAAAAUGUAAGAAAAUAUAGAAACAUGUUGUUGAUUCCUGGUGCAAGAAUUUCUUGCAUCCUAUUGUGAAAUAAUGUUUGUGAUUUCAUUGUGAUAGAUUUUCAUAUGGAAUACUAACAUAUCAUGGUUAUUCAAAAGUUGGGAACUGUCUUUAUCCAACACUUGGACAUCUGAAUGGGUGGGACUUGCAGAGUGUUUGGCCUCAGAUAAGAUGUCUGCAGGGCCAAGGCGCUUGCAUUUCCUGUGUUAGGGGCCAGGGAAACCACACUGCCUCUGCUUUGCCUUUCUGACAAUACUGACCAGAAACUAAAGGUUUUACUUCCAUCAAUUUCAAAUAAAAAAGACAGUUCAUUAAUCAUGGGCAAAAAUUA